GCCGGUCGCCGGCUAGCUCCUCCCUGAAGCGGUAAUACCCAGUCCCACCAACUCCGGCAGACCCAUGACCGGGCCUGUGUCGUCGGCCUUUGAUGUUUGACUCGGAGCUUGCUAUUUCCAUCAUUCAUUGGUCUCCUUCAUCUUGAAGAGGUUGGGACGAUGGUGGUGAAGAGUCCUAGGUGUUUAGAAAUUUCACCCAUGUUGCGGAGCCUAUCGCUCUCGUUGCGGAACGGAAUGUCAUUGCUCUUGUCGCCUCAUAAUCUCACGCGAGGAGAAAUGCUUGGCAUCUGGCCGCCUGGCCAUUUGGUUGGAUGCGGUCCGAGCUGCCCGGCCACCGUCUCCGGAGAAGGCUGGGCCAAGUCGGGCCCGAGGUGGCCACCCGUUUCCCAAGUCAAGCCUAGGCCGCGCGCAAAUCUGGAAAGACGUCGUUUUUUUUUUUCGUGUCAGGUCCUAUUCAUCGCGCCGCGCAUACGACAUACGAUAUACGAAAGGCGAAACGCUUGUCAUGAUCAUCUUAUACCCAUGGAGGGCCAUCAAGGUUGCAUGAGAUGCCGUGACUCUGUACCCGGCGCACUCGGGCUCCACAGAACUCCCACCUCCGAAUAUGCCGGACCGAGGGCCGCGGCCUGUUUUACAAGAUGCCCUAGGUAAGGUAGCCACCACGUAAACCGCUAUAAAAAAACGACGUCCUUCAUAGAUGCUCUCACUACCGCUAGUAGUUGGGCAGUAAGCUGCCCAC